UUUUUAUUGGAAAGUCAGAUUCACAGAGAAGGAAGAUCUUCCAGCCACUGGUUCACUCCCCAAGUGGCACAAGGGCUCGAGCUGAGCCAGCUGAUUGGAAGACAGACACUUCUUCCAGGUCUGCUAUGCAGGUGCAGGGUCCCAAGGCUUUGGUCUGUCCUCGACUGCUUUCCAGGCCACAGGCAGGGAGCUGGAAAGGAAGUGGAGCAGCGAGGAUACGAACCUGCAUCCAUGUGGAAUCCUGGCACACGCUAGGCAACAACUUUACCCACCUGGCUAUCACGCCAGGCCCUAUUUUGCCCGUUAACAUUGGUGAAAAGUCUGGUCAGACUGCUUACCAAAUUGUGUGACUGCCUCACUUUGAUAUUUUUAGGCCAUCCUGUCAUUUCUUUUUUCUGCUCCUCUUAUGGGUUUAAAUUCUUACUAUUAAGUUCUUAUUUGUUAUUUGUUUGCCCUUUGAUUUAUGAGAAAAUACCUUUUCUGCAUUUUUUUCAGUGACUUCGAUUUUUCCAGUAAAGUUUCCAUGUUUCUUCUGCAUGUAUUAUCUUUCUUGUAGAAUAAAGUUACUCAGAAGGCAGGAAAUUAAUCUACUGAAGUCAUACUGUCUUUUUUUUUUUUUUCUCACUUGAAAAGAAGUAUUACAAUCCAGGCUAACUAGCAGAGUCACCCCCCAGGCAGUUUGUGGUCACAACAGUAGUCCAUUUCUUAGGCUGUUUAGCUGAAUAAGCUGGUUCUAAAGGAGGCAGGGGUCCAGUCACUUGUCUCAUAUAUUCCAGUGGCUCUACAUCCCCGAAACGCCUUCCUUCAGGAAGCAGAGUGCCUGAGUGCACCCCUUUGACCUGCUGAUCUGUAGAUCACAACACCUGUGCUUCCUGGAGUUGCCGCUUACUGUAACUGCUGCCCAUCUGUCAUGGAAGGAGCAGUUUCAGAAUUCAGACUUGGGGGAGGAAAAGUAAUUAAUGGAAGUUAUAGAACUAACCAAAGAUCUUCUGUCGACUCAACCUUCUGAAACUCUUACGAGUUCCGACAGUUUUGCUUCUACUCAGCCCACUCAUUCAUGGAAAGUAGGAGACAAAUGUAUGGCAAUCUGGAGUGAAGAUGGACAGUGUUACGAAGCCGAGAUUGAGGAGAUAGAUGAGGAGAACGGCACCGCUGCGAUCACCUUUGCUGGUUACGGCAACGCCGAAGUGACGCCACUGUUGAACCUGAAGCCUGUGGAAGAAGGGAGGAAGGCAAAGGAAGACAGUGGCAGCAAACCCAUGUCAAAAAAAGAAAUGAUUGCCCAGCAGCGUGAAUAUAAAAAGAAGAAAGCUUUGAAAAAAGCACAGAGAAUAAAAGAGCUUGAGCAGGAAAGAGAGGACCAGAAGGUGAAAUGGCAACAGUUCAACAACAGAGCCUAUUCUAAAAACAAAAAAGGCCAGGUAAAGAGGAGUAUCUUUGCUUCACCUGAGAGUGUUACUGGCAAAGUUGGCGUAGGAACUUGUGGAAUUGCUGAUAAACCCAUGACACAGUAUCAAGAUACCUCUAAAUACAAUGUCAGGCAUUUGAUGCCUCAAUAAUCAGAAAAACUGUUGAGUUUCAUCUCUGCAGGGCUUUACAUUUACCUUUUUAUCCUUAUAUUUUUCUAAAGGUAAAUUAUUUGUUAGAUGAUUAAAGAAGAUACCAUUGUUAUUAUUUGACUUUAGUAGAAUGAGAAGUGAAGAUGUUGCAUUUGAUAAUUGCUAUUCAUUUACCAUUCAUUACUACUACCACAGUUCCCUCAAAUUUUGUUAAAGCAACUUUUCUAGAAAGAUGCUGCUU